AUGUCAUCACUUACGCGCCUGACCAAUACCGGGAAGAGACGCUUCGAAGAAGAUUCAUUGUACACCUUUGAAGUCGUUAAGCACGACGAGAAAAGCAGGGGCGCCCAAGCAGCAAUUGCAGCAGCUUUGAAGGACGACGGUACAGACAUGUUGGAGAAUGUGCUGAAAUCUGCUCGCACGGAUGGGGACGACGCUUACGACUUUGGAAAUUUUCGAACCAUACUGCUUAGAAAGGCGGGAAUUGCAGUCACUGCUGCAACGCUCAGAGUAUUUGGUCAGAACUACGCAGAACUGCCGUUUAUCGCCACGAAGUCAGAUUAUCGAAGGGAUGGGAACUGUCGAAGGCUUCUUAAGGUGAUCGAGAACCUCCUGCGGGAGAUGAAGGUGAAGGAGCUCAUCAUCCCCUCUGUCAAGAAGCUGGUCGGCAUGUGGAAGAAGAACUUUGCGAUGCGGAAACUCAGAAAGGAUCGAGUGAAAGCUAUAGAAGAUCGAAUUAUAGUACCGGAUCCUGACAGCUCCGUCAUGCUAGUGAAGUCUCUGCUUCCCGGGGUUACCCGGCGAGGUUUCGACUUGGACAGAUAUGAAGAUGGAGACUCUGAUGGAGAGCUCAACGGACAAGAAGAUUUGUCAGAAGACCGGCUUAUGAAGCUGGCAACGGUGACAGCGCUGGAGAGCACAUCCGUCUUUAAGCAAACCACGUCCCCGGCCAAAGAAAAAACUGAAGCUGGCAACGAGUCAUGUUCAGACAUGGAGGAAGACUUCCUAGAUCCACCCGACGUGAGGCCUCUCUGGGGCAACGAGAUUGCAGAUAUGCUGAGGAGCUGGAAGUUGAGCGACAAAGGUUGGAAGCACUGGGACCUCGACAGUUGCUCGUUUCAGAAACUACUCCUAGAACCGGAGGAUCAGCCUACCCAUCUCCAAAACGGCGGCCAGGAUCAUCCCAGCCACAGCCUAAGCAUUUCAACACGUGACAAUUCGCUAGUUGGGGCCCAGCAAAAGGUUGACAGCGUUGUCGAGAGACAGAUGCACGCCCUGGCACUUGCGUACGAAACGCGGAUCAGUGCUUUGCAAGAAGAGAACCAGGAGCUAAGAAACUCGAACGUUCUUCUCAAGGCCCAGCUUGCGCAAGCCCAAGAGAAAAAGGAGAUUCUUCUAGCUCAGAGGAGCGAGUGCAUCUUGAGAGGCGAAGAGACUACUGGGAACGUUGCCGUUGGUCAAGCCGCUCUUCCGUCGUCCACAGAAUUCACUCAAGAGGUUCUGCAAGAGGAGGAAACAGGGAUUGAUGAGCUCGCACGCCUGCUACCUGAUUUGACGUUAGGCGACAGCACCGAGAUAGACCUCGUCAUCGGUCAGGUCUGCCGGUGCCUCGAAGCUCUCGGAAGCGGGGUAGAAGACGUAGCACAGUUCUUCGCAAUACUGCAGCACAAGCAUCCCGAAGAAGAGUUUUGGACCUGCUUGCACGCCUUCCUGCUUUCGAUUGUCAAAGGACUUAGCUUCACCCACGACUUGGCCAUGAAGGUCCAGCAAGGCAUGAAGGAAGCCCACACCGCCGCAGCCAAUCAGCAGCUCGAGGGGCCUUCUGACAGCACUGUUGCUCCGCAGCUAAAGAAGCGUGCUGGUGAGCUCGAGUCGGGGCAGAAGUCAGAAACUGCUUUGGAUCUUCUGAAAGAAGAGUAG